UUACGGUAAAUUUAUAGAUCCGUCGGUGUCUUGGUUGUUUGCAAACCCAAAGAGCACUGCAAUCAGAAUCAGAACCAGAAUUAGAAUUGAUACAUUGCAAUGUAAAUGUAUCAACAGAAUAAUCGGACGGCAUACCGAAAAUACCACAGCAGAGAAGGAAAAAAGCACGGAGGCUUCUUUAAUUGAAACUGACUGUUGGAAUGGCUUCUAAAUCUCAUCCUCCUCUAAUGAAGAAACACAGUCAGACCGAUCUGGUGAGCCGGCUCAAGACGCGCAAGAUCCUGGGCGUUGGUGGGGAGGAUGAUGAGGGAGAGGUGCACAGGUCAAAGAUCAGUCAGAUGCUAGGGAAUGAGAUUAAAUUUGCUGUUCGGGAGCCUGUGGGCCUGAGGUUAUGGAUUCUCUUCUCUGCUGUGGUUUUCACUGUCAUGGCCCUUAUGGCACUAGCCUUUCCUAACCAGCUGUAUGAGGUUGUAUUUGAUCAAGAGCAAACAGCCACCAGUGUUUCUAUACGUCUCUAUGGAGGGGCCAUUCUGAGUCUCUCUCUAAUCAUGUGGAAUGGCUUGUAUACUGCUGAAAAGAUCAUCAUCCAGUGGACAUUACUUAGUGAAGCCUGCUAUUUUGCCAUUCAGUUUUUAGUGACUUCCAUCACUCUGGUGGAACUGGGCUCCCUGCCAAAUGCUGCCAUCCUCCUCCUCCUCAGUCGCAUCUUCUUCCUUAUUGUCACGCUGUCCUACUACUACCAUCUGGGACGCCGGCCCAAGAAAAUCUGAGUGCCCCACACCAGUCCAACACACCUGGUGCUUGGGGAAUUGAGAGACGGGCCGCUGGGCUGGAGAUUUCAUUAAAAACAUCAUCACCUGGCGUUGAGCCUUACUGCAAGGACAAUGCCAAACCCCAGGCCUUUAUUUUAAUUUCCAGCGUACACACAACAUGGGAGUAUGCCUCUACAAAGCAUCUCUUUUUGCUUUUGUUUUUUAGUGGGAAAUGCUCACAAUGUUGUAAAGUGAAUUCCACUUCUUUUUUGGAUUGUGUGGUCACAGUGUAGCUCUCCUCAUUCAGCGUUUCUUCUGUAAAGUAUUGCGCACUGUAGCUGAGCUCAGAAUGCUGCAAAACUGUCUGUAGCUACUGUAUGGUAUCAAUAAAACUGUAAACAAUUUCAUGUAGUAAUGCCAGUGACUUCUAGUUCCUAGUCAUGUGAUGUUUAUAAGGGUGGCUAGUAAAUAAUAGAAUGUGGUUUUUACAUGUGGGUUUUUCAUAAAAAAUUGAGAUUUAAAAAUUCAUUCAAUUCAUGACUGCCUGGCAUGUGUAUCUGUCCAUGUAGACUGAUUUAUCCCUGAACCAGAACAGCUUGCUUUACAUUGUUACAGACACUCUGUCUCUCGGUUUUCAUAUAGAAAUGGUUAUGAAAACUCAGUUAUGAAUGCUUUUUUUGACAGACACAACGGAUCAACUGAAAUUGUCCAGUUACUGUAGUUAGUCUGUGCAUGGAACUCGUCAAAUGAUGUUGCAAUGAAGCCUCUUCAGGCUUACCAUUUUAGGAACCCCAUUGUUAGUGUAUUUUAAGGAGAACUAAUUGACCAUAUUUCAGAUAUCAGUUUCUGUUUUUGAAUGUGACAGUUAUCUCAAGGUGUCAAUGUGCGUGCUGAAACACCUUUUUCUUUCAGUAAUGCUGCAAUGGUUGUGUAGCACAAUGGCAUGUUGCAUUCAUUUUAACAACCAAUGUAGCAGUAUUUUCCUACUAUUGCCUUAAUAUGCUAAACUUCACAAGUGUUCCACAUGUCAGCUUACUGCCAGUUGUUUGUAAUGUUAUCUGGAUUAGCAAUAUACAGCAUAUAUAUUUUUUCUGUUGAUCAAAAUUUUUGCAGUUGCUUAUUUAUUGGCCUGCACCAAAAGUCUUUGCUUAAUUUAUUUACUUUUUUUAUUAGUAUUAAUUAGGUAUGCAUGAAGAAUGUGAAUCACCAAAAACAAAAAAGAUGUGAAAGUGAUCUGUUUCUCACCCACUCCUAUCAUAUCGUUUCUGAAUAUAUGGAUUAAACCACUGGAGUUUUAUGGAUUGCUGACUUUGUGAUUUUUGGAGCUUCAAAGUUUUGGCACCCAUUCACUUGCAUUGUAUAGACCUACAGAGCUGAGAAAUUAUUUUUAAAAUCUUAAUUUGAGUUCAGCAGAUGAAAGAAAAUCAUACACAUCUGGGAUGGCAUGAGGGUGAGUAAAUGAUGAGAGAAUUUUCAUUUUUUGGGUGAACUAUUUCUUUGUGAGUGUGUAUUUGCACGCCUGCUGCCCUGUGUGUAUCUGGUAGCUUAUGUUGUACAGCCCUCCAUAAAACUUAAUGGAAUUCAGAGCCUUUUGAAAUAACAUUGAAAUAACUUUUCAUCUCUAGCUUUGUAUUUUCUCUGCAAAAAUAAGGCUGUGAAUCAUGAUUGUUAUAUGGAAGGAAGCAAUACAUUUAGCAAGAGUCUAUAUAGCAUAUAACAGUUUUUAAGUGUUUUGUACAACCAUGCCACUUGUUGGAUUUCAUGCACUGCAGAUAUUGCUUUCAGUAUGUUUAGGCAAAACAGUGUAUUUGUGUCUUUGCACAAAAGUAGCAGUUACUCUUUGCAAGGUCUAUUUAAGUGUUCACAUUUGGUUCUGUCCUGCUCAAACCUGUGCUUUACGUAGCUUAAAUGGGUAGUAACAUAUUGAAAGGAACAACCCUGUAGUGGCUUGUGAUGCAGUUUCUUUCACAAAAGAUCUUAAUGGAAGUUUGAUUUAGUCUUUUUUGUUGUCUUCUUUACAUGUAAACAGGUUCAUAAUUUAGCAGUACUAAUCUCAGAUAUUCCAAAAUUUUGCUCUGUGGAGCUCCUCUCACUGUCCUGCAAAUAUUUGAAGAUCUUUUCAUCUAUAAAUGGAAAUGUUAGUUACUUUGAUGCGGAACCAACAUCUGUUCUAACUAGUUAUUUAGAAUAAGUAUGGUUAUUAUUGAGUGUUAUGAUCCUUUCAAUUACCUCCCAUUAUAUAUAUAUAUAUAUAUAUAUAUAUAUAUAUAUAUAUAUAUAUAUAUAUAUAUAUAUAUAUAUAAGCUGUCUUACCUUUUAACACUUGCCCAACUAAUAGCAAUGACAGCAAAUGCCAUACAUGAAGCAUUUGCUAUCCGUGACCCCUCCUGAGAAUUGUGUUGCCAUGCAGUUAGAAAUAAAUAUCUAGUUAGCUAAUAGUGGUAUGGCUUCAGUUGUCUGCAGAUGGUGUUCAUAAAGUCACUGAAGGGAUGUUGAUGUACUUUUUAAAUGAGUGUGUAAAUAUUUUAUUGAGAGAUGUUCUUGUUAUGGAUCUGCAUCAUCUUUUUGGAAUAAAGAAAAUUUAUCACA